AUGGAUGUCGCUUCUGGAGUCGCCUCGCCCGUUCUGGAUCCGUCGCCGUCGUGCACUGAUGAUGAUUCAGCGGGUUCUAGUGUAAUUUCUCUGACCGCUGGCGGUUCCGAGACGGUUGCCAAUCUUGUGCCUUCUUCGGAGAUAGUUUCGGGGAGCCUUGGUGAAGAGAAGGUCGUUGGAGAUGGACCGGAGAAGCAGGAUGGAAACCAGGCUUACGAAGCUGCGACUGCUAGGUCUCAACCCAGGAACGUGGCUGGAGAUGUUCGCCGCAUUAAACCAAAGAAGUACACAUGA